UCUUAACAACAGUCCAGACUACAGUGUGAGAGUGAGUCCAGACUCGAGAAAGGAGAGAAGAGGGCAACGACUUUUAUAGUCAUCGGAUCCGCACACUCGCACUGCGAACGAUUUGCACAUACUUGAAUGUUGAUGACUCUGUAACAUAAUUUAUUUCUGUUAAGUGUUUGCUGCGGUUAUUUAAUUUUAUUGCACAAAAUGGCCGGAAGUCUGGAAGGAUUUCUGGUGCUGAUCGUUGCGGCAUCGAUCUGCUCAUCUUCCUUUGCUUCUUCUAUCUUUCAACCGAUCUCCGAUUGUCAUCGAUCUGCUGCUUUAGAGCUCUUCACGCCGCGCGACGGAUCCUUUUUCAGCUUAGAAGAAACAUACGAGGCACUCAGAACGUUUGAGGUGCUUGGUAUUGAUAACAAGUCUGAUAUCGACACAGCUGCUUGCCAAUCUGUGUUGGAAAUUCUGGGGUCACCAUCUUCUGCGUUGAAGGAUUUAUUCUAUGCCUUAAAAGUCAACGGAAUAUUAAAAUGUGACAUAGAAAAGGAUGUCUUUGAGGGUGUUGCUUCAAGACUACAAGCAACUGUCAGUGGCGCAGGUGCUCUGCUUGAUUUCUACUAUUCAGUUGGAGGUUUAGUAUUUGUCAAGGAUCAAACUUCUAAAGAUGAUCUGUAUCUUGCUGAUGCUGAAGGAGUUUUUGGUUCCAUCAAGGCUCUAAGCCAGAGUGAUGGAAGAUGGCGCUAUAAUUCUAAUAAUCCUGAGUCCAGUACCUUUGCUGCUGGUCUAGCACUUGAAGCACUUUCUGGUGUUGUCUCUUUAUCAUCUUCUGAGAUCGAUCAAUCUCUGAUUGGUACAACUAAAAAUGAUAUAUUGAAGCUAUUUGACAGCAUUGAGAAAUAUGAUGAUGGAGCUUUUUACUUUGAUGAGAAACUGGUUGAUGCACAUGAACAUCAAGGUCCUCUUUCAACCACAUCCUCUGUUGUUAGAGGGUUGACAGCGUUUGCGGCUGUGACUUCAGGAAGCUUGAAUCUACCAAGUGGUUUGGUAUUGGGUCUGGCAAGAUUUUUACUUGGCAUUGGAAUUCCAGGUGAUGCCAAAGACUUGUUCAACCAAAUAGAUUCCUUGGCUUCCCUAGAGAGCAACUCGGUUUCCAUUCCACUGAUUCUAUCACUUCCAGCUACAGUUCUUUCAUUGACUAAGAAGGACGCCCUUAAGGUUAAGGUGAAUACUGUGCUUGGUUCAAAUGCACCUCCUUUGACAGUGAAACUUGUAGGAGUUUUUAGAUCUGGUUCAAAGGACACUUCAUUAAUUGAGGGUCAGGAACUAAAGUUCAACCCUGAAAGCGCAGUCUAUGCCUUGGAUGCUUUGCCAAAGAGUAUUGAUGUUGGAAAAUACACUUUUGUUUUUGAGAUGGUGCUUCAUGAUCCAGACCACUUAAACUUAUAUGCCACUGGAGGCCAAACUCGGAUUCCAAUAUUUGUGACUGGAGCUGUCAAAGUUGACAGUGCAGAAAUCUCAGUGCUUGAUAGUGAUCUUGGGAGCACAGAAACCAAAAAGAUAGAUUUAGCUGGGGAAAAUACUGUAUCAUUAUCUGCAAACCAUCUUCAGAAGCUGCGCCUCUCUUUCCAAUUGUCUACUUCUCUUGGUCAUGCUUUUAAGCCACAUCAGGCAAUUCUUAAGUUGACACAUGAGACUAAGGUUGAGCAUAGUUUUGUGGUGGGGAGCUCUGGAAAACAGUUUGAGAUCAAUCUAGAUUUCCUUGGACUGGUUGAGAAAUUUUUCUAUUUAUCAGGAAAAUAUAAUGUUCAGCUCAGUGUGGGUGAUGCUGCUAUGGAAAAUUCUUUCUUGAAGGCUAUUGGUCACCUUGACCUAGAUCUACCAGAACCACCUGAGAAGGCACCACAGCCACCGCCACAACCUCUUGAUCAGAACUUGAGAUAUGGUCCUAAAGCAGAGAUAACUCACAUUUUCAGGGUUCCUGAAAAGCUUCCACCUAAGGAGCUUUCUCAUGCUUUCUUGGGUCUUACACUUUUUCCAUUACUUGGGUUCUUAGUUGGGUUAUUGCGUUUAGGGGUGAACCUGAAGAACUUCCCUUCCUCAUCCGUUCCUGCCAUGUUCGCUGUCCUCUUCCAUCUUGGCAUUGCAGCAGUUUUGUUGCUCUACGCACUUUUCUGGCUGAAGUGGGAUCUUUUCACAACACUGAAAGCUCUUGGUUUCUUGGGAGCUUUCCUGAUGUUUGUUGGGCACAGAAUCCUUUCACACCUGGCCUCUAUAUCAUCCAAGUUGAAAUCUGCCUGAGGACGAGAGUUUGUUGCCAAAGUAACUGGAGACAGGAAAUUUUCCUCGAAGUAAAACAGUUGGACAUUUUGACUCAAUUUUGUAGGGGGUGUAAACUAUCAAUUAUGUUAUACCUGUUAAGAUUUUGGGCACGAAAUGAAAAAGGGUUCAUCUA